AUGGGUGUGAUAUGGCUUCCCAACCUGUCUAUGAUCCUAUGUUUUUCUUUUCAUCUCACCCUCAUUCUGCUUCAACAGACUACUGCAGAACGAGAACUGAAGUUUGUGGUUGUAGUUUUCCGACAUGGUGACAGAACACCGAUUGUGAACUUUCCAACUGACCUACACAAAGAAAGUGAAUGGCCCCAGGGAUUUGGACAACUCACCAAGACUGGAAUGCAGCAGCUAUUUGAACUUGGACAGUACAUGAGGAAAAGAUAUUCCAACUUCUUGAACAGCACAUACAACCGACAAGAGUUUUACAUCCAAAGUACAGAUUAUGAUCGCACCAUUAUGAGUGCCCAGUCAUACCUUUCUGGCCUCUUUCCACCAACUAGCAGCCAAAUUUGGAAUCCUGAGCUUCUCUGGCAACCCAUUCCAGUUCAUAUUCAUCAAAAAUCAGCAGAGCAGAAGCUGUAUUUUCCUCUGCCUGACUGUCCUCGUUUUGCUGAACUUCAGAAUGAAACACAAACAUCCAGUGAAUUUCAAAAUAGAAUACAACCAUAUAUGGAUUUUUUACAAACAGUGGCAGUUAACACAGGACUUAAACUAAAUAGUCUUAAAAUACUGAACAAUUUCCAGAUCUGGAAUACAUAUGAUACUCUGCACUGUGAGGAUAUUCACAAUUACACUCUCCCUGUAUGGGCCACCAAAGACGUAAUUGACAAGAUGGAAAAACUGGCAGAAUUGGCCUUAUUGUCAUUAUUUGGGCUUUAUAAAACAGAAGAGAAGUCACGACUGCAAGGAGGUACCCUUGUGAAUAUUAUUUUAAAUAGUAUUAAACAAGCUGUCAAUUCUUCAAAACCAAGAAAAAUGGAGGUCUACUCAGCACAUGACACCACAGUUGGGGCCCUCCAGAUUGCUCUCAAUAUUUUCAAUGGGAAACUGCCACCAUAUGCUGCCUGCCAGUUCUUUGAACUCUACCAAGAAAGCACUGGGCAAUAUAGCAUCGAAAUGUAUUAUCGGAAUGACACUUCAAAGGAUCCUUACCUCCUCACUCUGCCAGGAUGCACCUCUUCUUGUCCACUUGAGAAGUUUGCUGAAUUAGUUUCUCCUGUGAUUACAGAAGAUUGGUCAAAAGAAUGUGGGAAGAAAGACAAAAUGAAAGAUAUUUUUAUUGGAUUUAAAGUUGCUGUUGGCUUGUUGUCAUUUUUCAACCUUGUACUGCUCUACCUCCUUUAUCAUUAUGGACACUGCAGGUGCAGAAAAAAUUACCAGGAUGUUUAA